GAGCCUUUAGUCUGUUCAGUCGUUCACAGCCCAUAACCUGCGGAUUUACAGUCAACAAUUCACACCGUUUCCUGCCCAGGGAUACCUUUCUCCCCCAUCUGUACAUCCUUAAAACAUGCGGUGGUUUGUGUCUCCAAACAUGGUGUAGCUGAGCUCUGUGAUCCGUGAAGCAGCAAUAGCCCGCUAGCACUGCGCCAGGAUGUCCAGUAGCUCGGGCUACCCCCCCAGCCAGGGGAGCUUCAGCAGCGAGCAGAGCCGAUAUCCACCUCACUCUGUCCAGUACACCUUCACCAGUGCACGCCAUCAACAGGAUUUCACCACCCCAGACUAUCGUUCUCACAUGCAGGACCCACAGGGUCGGAGAAGGCUGUCUUUACUAUCUGAAUUCCACCCUGGGACUGAAAGGCCUCCAGAAAGACGCCAUGGUUACGAACAGCAGUUUCACUCCAUCACAGCCCAGCCUGAGCAUGAAGCCUUGGAGGUUAAACGCCCUCGCAUGGAGACUAUUGGCGAGGGCCACAUCACCCGCACCCCUCCCACUGCAGGGAGUAUUGUGCUCCAAAUGCCCCAUAGUGUACAAGACAGUUUAAGAGCAACUGUGGAAGUCAAAAAGGAGUCUCAGUUCAGUGUCAAAUUGGAAUCACAAUCUCCAGGAGGACUGACUCUACACAUGAAUGAAGACCAAGACAACUCUCCAUCCAAACUAUCCAAGGAAGAGCUGAUCCAGAGUAUGGACCGUGUGGAUAGAGAGAUUGCCAAAGUCGAGCAGCAGAUUUUUAAGCUGAAAAAAAAGCAGCAACAACUGGAGGAAGAAGCAGCAAAGCCAGUGGAGCCAGAGAAACCAGUGACCCCUCCCCCAGUGGAGCACAAGCACCGCAGCAUCGUCCAGAUCAUCUACGAUGAAAACAGAAAAAAAGCAGAGGAGGCCCAUAAAAUACUGGAAGGCCUUGGUCCCAAAGUUGAACUGCCGCUGUACAACCAGCCAUCAGAUACAAAAGUGUACCAUGACAACAUCAAGACAAAUCAAAUCAUGAGGAAGAAGCUCAUUUUGUUUUUCAAGAGGAGGAACCAUGCACGUAAACAAAGGGAACAGAAGAUCUGUCAGCGAUAUGACCAGCUCAUGGAGGCGUGGGAGAAGAAGGUGGAGCGUAUGGAGAACAACCCCAGACGCAAAGCCAAGGAUAGCAGAACGCGGGAAUACUAUGAAAGGCAAUUCCCUGAGAUCCGCAAACAGAGAGAGCAGCAGGAGCGCUUCCAGAGAGUUGGACAAAGGGGAACGGGUCUUUCUGCAACAAUUGCAAGAAGUGAGCACGAGAUCUCCGAAAUUAUUGAUGGCCUCUCUGAACAGGAGAACAACGAGAAACAAAUGCGACAGCUAUCAGUCAUCCCACCCAUGAUGUAUGACUCCGAGCAGAGGCGAGUGAAGUUUAUCAACAUGAACGGCCUAAUGGAUGACCCGAUGAGGGUGUACAAAGCCCGGCAGUUCAUGAAUGUUUGGACCGAGCAUGAAAAGGAGAUCUUUAAGGAGAAGUUUAUACAACACCCCAAGAAUUUCAGCCUGAUUGCUUCCUAUCUAGAGAGGAAGAGUGUUGCUGACUGUGUUUUGUACUACUACUUGACCAAAAAGAACCAGAACUACAAGACACUAGUGAGGCGAAAUUAUGGAAGACGGAGAAAGAACCAGCAAAUUACACGUCCUUCACAAGAAGAUAAGUCGGACGAAAAGAACGAAGAGGAAAAAUCUGAGAAGUCAGAGAAAAAAGAGGACGAGGAAAAGAAGGACGAGGAAGAGAAAGAUGAAAAGGAGGAGUCUAGGGACAUUGGCAAGGACAAAGAAAAGUGUGACGGUGUGGAGGACGAGGACGGUAAAGAGCAAAACACGCCGCGCGGCAGAAAGACCGCCAACAGCCAGGGCCGCCGUAAAGGAAGGAUCACCACACGCUCCAUGGCCAAUGAGGCUGCAUCUGUUGCAAAUGAGGAAGCGCCUCCCUCUGCCCCUGAACCUCCCAUGCCAGAUCCUCCGCAGCUCCUUAAAUCUGACCCAGCACAGAAGGGCGGGAAGGAGCCCGGAAAGCCGCUGACUCCAGUCUCUUCAAUGGAAAGUAAUAAAGUUGGUCCUGGUGAAACCGGAGAAACUUCUCGCUGGACCGAGGAGGAGAUGGAGGUCGCCAAAAAAGGACUUGUUGAACAUGGUCGAAACUGGACAGCCAUUGCCAAAAUGGUGGGUACCAAAAGUGAGGCACAGUGCAAGAACUUCUAUUUCAACUACAAGAGACGUCAUAACUUGGACAACCUGCUCCAGCAGCAUAAGCAGGAUACUCGGAGGGCUCGUGGUGAUAGGUCCCAAGGGGAAGGCCACGCCAUGGCAUCACCUGAUGAUGACGAAGACAAUGUAGAUGACAGUGAAGGUGGUGACAACAGCUCUGACACGGAGAGCGCCCCUUCUCCCUCUCAGGCCGACUCAAAAUCUGGAGAGUCUAAGAGAGCAGAAAACACCACAGGAGAUGCAACAUGCUCGGACCAGGAUAAAGGUCAGGCCAGCAAUGGAAAGGCCGCAGAGCCCUCAUACGGAGAAUUUCGUGUUAAGGAAGAGAAAAGCCCUGAGAGCGAGACUGGCUCUCAAGAGGAAAAAAGCAGAGUGGCAUCUUUUCCUGGCCCGGUUCAUCCAAAAACUGAACCCCAAGAUGUGGACAUGAAGACUGGAGAGGUUCAGGUGAAGUUGGAGCCUGAGAUCAAGGAGAAAGGAGAAAAGGGAGACCAUGGCGAAAGGCAUAGGGACAUCCACUCAGAUAAUGAUUCAAGUGCGACUUGCAGUGCUGACGAGGAUGUGGAAGCAGAGCCCGAACGACUCCGGCUAUACCCCAUGGACAAACCGUCGCUGCUCUGUCCUCCAGGCACAGUGCUCGUGGCCUCACCCAAGCAAGCUCAGCUCAACAUGCAGCAGAUGCAGAAGCGUGCAGCUGCCAUCCCUCCCAUGGUGUCUGGUCCUUAUGGUCCUGGGGGAUUGCCCAUCAGUGGUUUAACCAUGUUUCAACACCAGAUUAAAGCAGUGCAUGACUCGGCACACCAGGAGGAGAAGCAGAGGCAGGAUCUGGGAGACAUGGACCGCAGACCCCCCUUCAAUACUCGCAGCCCCACUGUACUGGACAGAGAUGGUAAGGCCUUACCCUACAUGCCUUAUGACAUGAUGCUGGCUCUGGACCCGGAGGGUCACUCUGGUCAGUCAGGCUCUCCCUACAGACUCUCCCCCAGAGAGCUGAGCAAGGCCUCACCUCAGCCUGACCCCAACGCCCCCAACGUCUCCUGCUACAGUGUGCCUCCAGUCCUCCAUCCUUCCCCGAGCCAGCUAGUCCAGAGCAUGAACGACGGAGUCCGUGUGACGUUCAGCAGGCCCAGUCGACCUCCCAACAUUCCUUCUCCUCCUCCACUCAUUCCAACCACCAAGCCCACAGACAAGCCUUCCUUCAUCCAUGGAGGCUCCAUCUCCCAGGGAACUCCUGGCACAUAUCUCCCGUCCCAUGCCGUCUAUGGGCCAGAGGGGACGAAGAGCGCUGUGGGCUCCAUCUCUCUGGGUUUGCCUCGGCAGCUAGAUCCUAACAAACCUGGGGCUACGAUCUCAUCCAUCCAGGAUGGCAGAGGCAACCCUUCAAAGGUUGGUGAGGGGUUGGCUCUGAGAGGAUCAAUUACUCAGGGUACUCCAGCCCUGUCUCAGUCUAAUAUUGCUGCUGCAGACCUCCUGAAGGGUACAAUCACAAAACUGGCCACAGAGGACCUGAGCAGCCCAGAUAAGGCCAGGGGGGAGCAACUUGCUAAAGGUCAUGUCAUAUACGAAGGCAAAAGCGGUCACAUCCUCUCCUACGAUGCCAUAAAGAACCCCCGGGAAAAUACCCGAAGCCCCCGAACAGGCCACGAGCUGAAACGAACCCAUGACAUGAUGGAGGGACCCAUGGGGAGAGGACAUCCUGGCAGGGAUGGAGCUCCAUUGGAGGGAUUAAUUAGUAGAGCCUUGCCCAGAGAAGGCCACCAUGGAGACUCUAAAGAAAGACCAUUGAUGACUGGAUCCAUUAUGCAGGGAACCCCGAGAACCAAUGCUGAAUCGUACGAGGAUGCCAUGAAAUAUGGGAAGCAGAUAAAGAGAGAAAGCCCACCUAUCCGCUCCUUUGAUGGGGCUAUUGGCAAAGGCAAGCCCUAUGAAGGAGUCAAUACUAUCAAAGAGAUGGGACGUUCAAUUCAUGAGAUCCCCCGACAGGACCAGUCUGGCCAAGACAUGUGCAAGACUCCCGACCUGGCGGACAGAAGAGUAAUGGAGGGCUCCAUGCCUCAGAUUCACCCUCUGAGCCAGUCUACUAUCAAACACAACGUCAAGUCCCUGAUCACCAGUCCCAGCAAGCAUCCGCACAGCAUGCCCCAACUGGAGGCAAUGGAGCGAGCCAAAUACGAGGAGAGCAAGCCAGUGCGCCACACAUCCGUGGUCAACUCCACCACCUCUGUCCUGCGCUCCACACACCAGGAGGCCAGCAAAGCCCAGCACAGCCCCGGCAUGUAUGAGGACGCCAACGCUCGCAGGACCCCCGUUAACUACAGCACUAAUCCGGUUUCCAGAGGAUCACCCAUGCUCGGGCGUGCGCCAGAUGGUGGAAUAAGCUCUGCAAAAUCUACUGCACAUGACAGAAAGAGUACCCUGACCCCAACACAGAGGGACUGUGUCCCAGCCAAGUCCCCCGUGUCUGGCGGUGACCCUGUAACCUCACACAGUCCCUUCGACCCCCACCACCGGCCUGUCGUUCCAGGAGAAGUGUACCGAGCCCACUUGCCUCCACAUCUCGAUCCUGCCCUGGCCUUCCACAGAGUGCUGGAUCCUGCGUUCAUGUUCCCCAGGCAGCAGUCCCCAACAGGCUACCAUAACACCUACCAGCUAUACACCAUGGAGAAUACGCGGCAGACUAUCCUCAACGAUUAUAUCACGUCCCAGCAGAUGCCUGGCAUGAGCCGAGGGCUGUCGCCACGGGAACAGCCUGUUGCUAUCCCUUAUCCAGCCAGCGCUCGAGGGAUUAUUGAUCUAGCCCAGAUGCCUCCAACUAUCCUGUUGCCUCACCCUGGGGGAACAGGUGCUCCCUCUUUGGAACGCACCGUCUACCUCUCUGGAGCUCAGCCCCCUUUCCCUCCUAGGGCUUUCAACCCAACCUCCAUAUCUCCAGGCCACCCGAGCCAUCUUGCCGCCAAUGCAGAGAGAGAACGGGAGAGAGAGCAGCAGGAGAAGGAGAGGGAAAAGGAACGGGAGCAGCGGGAGAGAGAACGGGAGCGGGAAAUGAGAGAACGGGAACGUGAACGGGAACGUGAACGGGAGCGAACCAAUGAGUACAUUCGUGGAGGUGGGCCAGAGCAGCCAGUUCGGCCCGGGAGUCGAGGUUACCUGCACUCCCCUUCUCCUUCCUCACUUAGGACACAAGAGGUGGUGGUUCAGCAGCGGCCGAGCAUCUUUCAGGGAAAGAGUGUCAUCACGUCUCUCAUGCAUAAUCCACAAGCCACGACAUCAGCACCCCAAAGUAGUUCCCGCUACAGUACUGCAGCUGACGCUCUAGCAGCUUUGGUCGACGCCGCUGUCUCUGCACCACAGAUGGACGUCGCCAAGGUGAAGGAGAGUAAACACGAGCGGGAUGAAGAUAUGUCUUCAUCAAGUGCAGUGAGACGCGCACCCAACCUCUCUGAACAGCAACAACCAGAAGCCGAAAGCCGAUCUUUGCACUCACCGUAUAGUACCAUGUCCCUACCGGGAGGCAAGCCCCAUCCCUCUUACCCCGAUAGUUCAGGUAUGGGGGCUAAAGAGAAGGCUCCUCAGACAAAGUCCCGAAUCGAAGAGGAGCUCCGGACUCAUGGAAAGACAACUAUAACAGCUGCAAGCUUCAUCGACGUCAUCAUCACGCGUCAGAUCGCCUCAGACAAAGACUCGCGUGAACGAGCCUCCCAGAGCUCCGAGUCCUCAGGCCGCUUGUCAUCUGGUCGAUAUGACAACACGGCUGCAGGAGCCAUUGAAGUGAUAAGCCCUCCUAGUUCCCCAGUUCAACCCCAACAGGACAAACCGGAAGACGGGCAACAACAAGCACCAGUUGGCAUGCGGGCGUAUGAUAUGAGUCGUUACCGGCAGUCAGGGGAACCACUUCAGCCUCCUUCCUCCCAGGCAGACAGCUACUCGCAGGUCCCCAAAACUCACCGAGUCAUGACCUUGGCGGACCACAUUUCUCAUAUAAUCACCCAAGACUUUGCCAGGAAUCAGGACCCUCCGGUCUCCUCUUCAGCAUCAUCAUCCACAUUCCAGGGCUCAGCGCCAUCAGUGUCAUCGUCAGGUCGGGUCAAGGCACCCAGCCGCUACAGUCCCGAAAACCAGGUCCAGCCUCCUCACCACCAGAGAUCCUCCAGCAGGAUAUCUCCAGAGAACGCCUCUGACAAGCCCAGAGCUAGGCCCGGUAAGUCUCCAGAGCGAGGAGGCAGAUCGAUGGAGAACUACGAACCAAUUUCUCCUCCACAGGGAUACCAGGGCAUGGACAAACAAGAGGCUGCUGGUGCUCCACUGCAGAGACGAGAGGCUGACAACUCUGAGAUCAGGACCGACUCUCGGUCCCCAGGAAAUAUAGGCUACCUGCCUGCCUUUUUCACCAAGUUGGAGAGCACCUCACCGAUGGUUAAAUCCAAGAAGCAGGAAAUCUUUCGUAAGUUGAACUCCAACUCUGGUGUUGGUGAUUCUGACGUUGGAAGCGCACAGCCGGGAACAGAAAUCUUCAACUUGCCUGCUGUUACCAGUUCAGGCAGCAUCAACCCAAGGAAUCAGUCCUUUAAUGACGCAGCCAGUAAUCUGGGUUUAGAGGACAUCAUCCGCAAGGCCUUGAUGGGCAACUUGGAGGAGAGACAGGAGGAGCACCAGGGAGGGGGAGGAGGGUCUGUUGGCAUCAACAACGCAUCCAGCCAAGGUGGUGACGCCCGGCAGGAGGCCAGUCAGUCUCCCAGUAUGGGAAAGCAGAAGCAAAGCAAAGCAAACAGCCGGAAAUCCAAGUCACCUAACCUGAGUCAGGCCUACGCCGGAGGGGAGCGUCCCUCGUCAGUUUCCUCCGUCCACUCCGAGGGCGAUUAUCACAGACCAACACAACCCCAGUGGAGCUGGGACGACCGGCCUUCCUCCACAGGUCCCAUGCAGUUUCCUUUCAACCCGCUGACCAUACGCAUGAUGAGCAACACGCCACCCACCUCAAUAGCCUCGCCUUCUCUCCAGAGCCAGCAGCAGCAGCAGCAACAACAGCAACAACAGCAGCAACAACAGCAGCAGCAGCAGCAACAGCCCCCAGCAGGAGCACCUGUGACCCAGCAGCGACCAUGGCCGUCUCUGCUGUCAGAACAAUAUGAGACCCUAUCUGACAGUGACGACUGAGCCCUGCCCCCCCCCCCCCCGCUAAAAACCCAGUAACUAGAAGAGAGGCCUGUGCUAAGGCUAGUCUGUUCACAUCCCUGUCCCUGAACUAACCUCGCUGAUUGGCGAGUACGACGAGUAGAUGGGGUGGUGUCCUUUUUUUGUUCUUGGUGCUAUGGCGCCCCCUGGCUGUUGACUUGGAGCAGCAGUGUGUGACAGGCAGGAGUCUUCUGAACAAGGCUCACUCUUGCUCCAGAAGUUCUGACCAAGCCUUUCAGAGAAAUGAAACUCAACUGAGGUGAUGACAUUUGCUAGAAUUGAGCUUAAGAGCUUAAUAUGUAAAAAGAUGCAUCAUAAAAAAGCUAUUUCUGAAUUUUCUCUGGUUUCUGUAAAGAUACACCUUGUCUUUAAGAAAAUCAUUGUAUGUAAAUAGAGUAACUUUUUGCAGUGUUUUUCUUAACUUGAUUAUUUCUUAUUUUGAUGUUGCUUUAAAUUGAUCCACUUUAAAUGGGAAGAGUUCGGGGGGGUGAUCUUUGAUAUUGCAGUUGCUCUCCCAGUCCACCCCCAACCCACGUCACCUGAGACCUAUUCAGAUAUUUUGUGAUGCUAAUAGAGAUCGAACCUGUAGGACAUACUCUGUGGCCCAUGAGGACGUCGCAGAGAUUGUGCCACGCUGUGAGCCACCCACCAAACACCACCAGAGCCUGGAUGUUGGAGGCAAGACUACACUUGAUUUCAAACAGCAGUAAUAUCUGACGUCUGGAUUGUGACUUUCAGGUGGUGGAGAUAAAUCCUUACCCUGUAAUAGCUGAAAAAUGUCAUCAAAACAAGUUGAGAACACUGGUGUCAUAGCAGAAAGGUGAAAAGUCCGAUAUAAGCUUGCCAGAAAUUAGAUCUUUAUGACUACUCCUUAACACCAUCUGAAUAAUGAAAGUGAGCCAAUGUGUGUGUGUGUUUUUCUUUUCUUUUUUUGCUUUAACACAUGUCACAUCUCUGCAGUUUAAGUUUCCAGCCUGUCCAGAAUUAUGUGCUCUGAGAUGUUUUCAUAGUUUAAAAAAAAAAAAGUUUUAGGAUGUUGUUUUUCUUUUCCUUUUUUCUUUUAUUUUUUGCGGGUGCAUUGGGGGGCGGGGGGGCUUUUGCCACGCCUUGUGACUUGAGAAAGAAGGCAGCUUUAACUAAUUUUCUCAGAGAUAUAUGUACGUGUUUGAUGUUUGUAUUUGUUUCUGUAGUCCCUUUUUAUUUUUCUUUGAUACUGUCCUGACAAAAAUCUGAACUCUGUAAAUUUUCUUUCCAUUACAAACACGAAAAAAAAGACUAACCAAACCUAAAGAAUGAUCUGCACCAUUGUUGCACUUUUUUGCAUUGUGGCUUUUGACAACAAAAGGCGUAUUACCUGCUGUGUAACUUAUUCAAUCUCCAGCCCACUACUACAUUAAGAUGUGCUUUAACCUUUCCCACCACUUACAGAAAUCUGGAUGUUUUAACUUCCUGUCUUUUCUUAUGGCUGGUACAUGAUAUUUUAAGUGUUACGCCUGCAUCACAGUUGCAGUUCUAAGUGCAUGGUACCGUUAAAUGUUUAAGGAUUUGCUGUCAUGGUUAUUCAACGCCUUGGCCACUUAGUUUCUGCUUUUGUUGUUUGAAUUAACAGACAUAAAGCUUUGAAUAUGCAUUCUACUAGGUCAGCAUCAUACAAGCAGUACCAUUGCUCUCCAAGUCUUUUGUUUUUGUUUAUUGUUUUACUUGGUAACGUGAAAAAAAAAUGCAAUUUUUGGCUUUCACUUUGCUUAGUCGAAUCCAUUCAGCUCUAAACUUGAUAUCUUCAUUUAAUUUUUAAAAAAUUGUAACACAUUUUUGUUUUUCUGUCAUUUUCAUCUUUGUUCUUCAUCCUGUCUUAGAUGGGAUGCUAUGUGUUUACAGAGGCAAUGACAAAAAAGUUUACAAACUUGAAUUUAAAAAAGAAAAAAAUGAAAAAAAAAAAUCCAACAUUAAGCCGGAAAAAAAUAAUUGGAGCAUAUUCCUGCUCUCUAUCAAACAAACACUUUUUUGUCCUUUUUUUUUAAUGUCUUUUUGAAAUUGAGACUUGAAACCCCGUGUAUCCCAUGAUGUUUAAAUGCAAUGUUUGUAUCGCACAAUGUCUCUAAGUAGGCUAUUACAAGAGUUCAGACCAAUCAAAUAAAGUGGAUCAGUUCUCCGCCACUGAAAAUUUUGUAGAUUUAUAGAUGUGCCAUCUUUUUGUUGAUUGCAUUUUAUUUCUUCUUAUUGACUGCACACUGUCAUGCUUGGUCACUGAGUUGUACUGCAACUGUUGAGUUUCAUUUUCAUUGGCAAAUUAAUGCAAUAUAAAAUGAAAACGUGUCAGGAAUUGCAAUGUAAUAAAUAGUAUAUAAUGUAA